AGGUAUGUCACCACGCUGAUUGCCAACAAAUGAACCAAAAAAACCCUUUGAACCUGUGCGAGUCAUGUGACAUCAAUUUCCACAGCGCCAUGCACUUUGAUCGACACAUACGCUUCGACCUGCCCCCUCAAGGUUCCAUCCUGGCCCGAAACGUCUCCACCCGGUCAUGCCCUCCGCGGACGAGCCCCGCGUCUGAUGUUGAGGAAGAUGAAGAGGAGUUAAUAGAUGGAAAGGGAGAGAAGAAGUCGGUGGGGUUGAAGUUAACGAAGAAGAAGACGAGGAGGCGGCACACAGAUGAUCCGAGUAAAGAAUGCUUCACAUUAAAGUUCGAUCUGAAUGUCGAUAUAGAGACGGAAAUCGUCCCAGCGAUGAAGAAGAAAUCUCUGGGAGAAGUUUUGAUACCGGCGUUCGAGAGGAAAGGGAUCGAGCUCAGUAAAGUGGAUAUAUUUCUAGACCAGUCCAACACGCCUCUGUCUCUCAACUUUGAAGCAUAUCGCUUUGGAGGGCACUAUUUGAAAGUGAAAGCCAAACCGGGGGAUGAGCUAAAGGUGGAGCAGGCGGUGAAGGAUUUCCGGUCGUUGAGUUUACCCAUCAUGAGGAACACG